AUGGCAGUGAUUGCACUUGCCAUUAAAGGUCUGGCUCUCAAAACAAUGCUGGGUGAUGAUGUUGCUGCUCUUAUGCCAAACUUUGCUCCUAAGAUAAAGGUUCUUAGAGAUGGUAAAUUGAGUGAGAAAGAAGCUUCAAUCCUAGAUCCAAGUGAUAUCAUUAGCUCCAAACUUAGUAACAUCAUACCAGCCGAUCACUCCCGGUCACUCAACAUCCAGAACAAAAAGUUUUCUCAGGCUCAACUUGCAAACAAGGAGAAAUUGAAGUCAUUGUUAUUGCAACAAGUGUCCACACAUUCUUCGAAAUGGCUGGUUGUAGCCAUUCUUGACAGUGGAAAGACAAGGACUUUUACAUAUACCAAAUUACUCAUUGAUAUCAACUUGAUUGAAGUUUUUAUUAAGGGCAUGUAUAAAGAACAUGUGAUUCCUCUUGCUGCUAGGUUGGCCUCUUUUGUUGAAGCUAACUCUAAUUACUCCAAAGUUAUGCUCUACAACACUUUUAGAGGGUGUAUUAAAAUUUGGAAAGGUUGGAACAGCUUCUACAACCUUGAGGACAAGGUUGGUUGGUCUUCAUGGGGUGGCUAA